AUGGCGCCGCUGUCCCCGCUGCGGGUCACCAUGCAGCUUAAAAACCAGCUGGCUGAGAACACCCUGUCAUCAGUCAACACGGGCCUGCCCAGCCACCUGAUUGAGCACCACAACCCAUGGCCGGCCUAUACCACCCACACAGCCCCAGUGGUGAAGAUGCUUGUUGAGCAAGACAAGCUAAGAAAGGCUACGUCCAUCCACGUGGCAGGAGAAGAGCUUGUUGAAGCAUCUCCAGAAGCGGAUUGGGAAGAGCAAACCCAAGGGCUGUCACAGCCCAGUGGAA